ACUGACUGCCACUCCGUGACUUUAAAAGUAGCCCAUCAAAAAGUGCAUGGCGUGCCGAAGUGCAGUGCGCACUUUUAAAGUACCACCACUGCUCUCUCCUCGUCACUUGCGCUCGCUUCGCACUGAAUUCUACCGAGCUCCAACGAUGGAGGUCAUGAACCUCAUCUGCCCUAACUCUUCCUCUGUAUGGGACGAAAAUGGCUUUUCACAGUGUUUUGAUAACAUGGUGCUGGGAUCUGGAGUGAAUGUUGUGACUGUGGUUAUGGUGGCUGCAUUUGGAAUUACUACAAGGAAUGCUAGAGGAUGCUGGAAGAGGAAACAGCUUUUGGAAAAAAUUCUCUUGCAUGUUCUACCAGCUCUUGGAGUGGGUGUGUCACUUUUAGACAUUGUUUUGCUAUCAAAGAAAGCAGUUAAUGGACGUUUUAUAAUGUAUUAUGAAUGGUUUUUCAGAUGUUCUCAAUUACUGGUCUGGAGCACCAUUCUGCUCUUCACAACACGAGACUGCUGGUUCUUUAUAUUUUGCAACCGGAUCCUCUGCUUCUGGUGGAUUGGGAAAUCAGUCUUGUGGAUCCCUCAUCUGCACACAGCUUUUUCUUCAUCAGAAUUGGAGGGUCUGAGAUGUCUUAAAGAGAGCUUUAUUGUGUUGGUCGACAUUGUGUUUGGCGUGUCUAUUAAUGCUAUAAGGGUAAAGUGGGCAUCUUCAAAGAGGAGUUGCAGAGCAUGUAGUUCAAUUGAAGAUCCACUUCUUUCAGUUGACAGCAACCUUGCGGAUGGUUGUAACGGAAACACUGGGAAUGGUCGCAGCUAUUGGCAAAUUAUGACAUUCAAGUAUAUCACUCCAAUGAUGCAGCUUGGUGUGACAAAGCAGCUUGACUUUGAAGAUUUGCUAAAGCUGCCUGUUGACAUGGAUCCUUCUUCUUGUUAUAAUACAUUGCUAUGUUGCUGGCAAACUCAACAGAGUCGGAAUUGCUCUCAUCCGUCAUUGUUUUGGGCGAUUUGUUGCGCAUAUGGUUGGCCUUAUUUCUGUCUAGGUCUAUUGAAGGUGCUUAACGAUUGUAUUGGUUUUGCUGGGCCAUUGCUUCUCAACAAAUUGAUACGGUUUCUUCAAAAAGGUUCCUGGCAUUUGGAUGGCUAUGUUCUUGCAAUAUCUUUAGGCCUUACAUCUAUCUUAAAGUCCUUUCUUGAUACACAAUAUACCUUUCACCUUUCAAAACUAAAGUUAAAGCUCCGGUCAAGUAUCAUGGCAAUUAUCUAUAGGAAGUGCCUAUGUGUUAACCUAGCAGAACGGUCAAAAUUUUCUGGUGGGGAAAUUCAGACAUUUAUGUCUAUAGAUGCUGAUCACACUGUCAAUUUGUGUAACAGUUUCCAUGAUAUUUGGAGCUUGCCUUUACAAAUUGGAGUGGCUUUGUAUCUUUUGUAUACACAAGUUAGGUUUGCUUUUGUUUCUGGGAUUGCCAUAACCAUCGUCUUGAUACCAGUGAAUAGAUGGAUCUCUAAAUUAAUAGCUAGUGCUACUGAAAAGAUGAUGAAGCAAAAAGAUGAGAGAAUUAGAAGAACUGGAGAACUUCUGACUUAUAUUCGCACAUUGAAGAUGUAUGGUUGGGAGACCCUCUUCACUAGUUGGUUGAUGGAAACAAGAUCCUUAGAAGUGUCACACCUCUCUACACGAAAGUAUUUGGAUGCAUGGUGUGUAUUUUUUUGGGCAACAACACCAACAUUGUUCUCUUUGUUCACUUUUGGGCUUUUUGCAUUGAUGGGGCACCAACUUGAUGCUGCAAUGGUUUUUACUUGUCUUGCUCUGUUUAAUACUUUGAUCUCUCCUCUAAAUUCAUUUCCCUGGGUCAUUAAUGGAUUGAUCGAUGCCAUUAUAUCUAUCAGGAGAUUGAGCAGGUUUCUUUCCUGUUCUGAGCAUAAACGUGAGCUGGAAAUGACUGCUGAGCCCCACUCGUCAUCUUUCUCAAUCGACAAAUCUGACUUGACUUCUGAAGAUACUGCUAUUGUCAUCCGCAAUGCAUGUUGUGCUUGGUCAAGCAGCGAAGAAGAGGGGCAGAAAUUGGUGCUGAAUCAUGUGAAUCUAGGCCUUCCAAAGGGUUCUUUUGUUGUUAUUAUUGGAGAGGUUGGUUCAGGUAAAUCAUCCUUGUUAAAUUCAAUUCUUGGAGAAACACGGCUUCUCAAUGGGACAAUUUUUUCAAGUGGGUCAACAACAUAUGUACCACAGGUUCCAUGGAUCCAGUCAGGAACAGUACGUGAUAAUAUCUUAUUUGGAAAGGACUAUAAUGUGCAGAGGUACUCAGAUGUAUUGCGAGCAUGUGCAUUAGAUAUUGAUAUUUCACGAAUGGUUGGAGGUGACAUGGCUUAUAUUGGAGAAAAAGGUCUCAACUUAUCAGGUGGGCAAAGAGCUCGUCUUGCUUUGGCAAGGGCUAUAUAUCAUGGCUCAGAGAUAUUUAUUCUUGAUGAUAUCCUCAGUGCGGUUGAUGCACAAGUUGCUUGGUGGAUUUUAAAUAAUGCCAUUCUAGGACCUCUUAUGGACAAGCAAACACGUAUUCUUUGUACUCACAAUAUUCAGGCAAUUUCUUCUGCGAAUAUCAUAGUUGUAAUGGAUAAAGGACAUGUGAAUUGGGUGGGAAGCUUAGCUGAAUUGUCAGUCUCUUCUUACUCAAAAUUCUAUUCCCUGGGAGACUUAAAUAUUGCUUCUCAAGUUGCAAGGCAAGAUAGCGUGGAUAAGUCUGAAGAAGUCAAAAUUGGAGAGAUAGAUGCUAUAAAUGUUUCUGAUCCAGUGCAAGAGAUCAUCGAAGUUGAACAGAGGAAAGAGGGAAAAGUUGAAUUUACUGUGUACAAGAGUUAUGCUGCAUUUUCUGGUUGGUUUGUUGCCACUGUAAUAUGCCUGUCAGCAGUUUUAAUGCAGGCUUCCCGUAAUGGAAAUGAUAUGUGGCUGUCAUAUUGGGUGGACACAACAAGCGGGAGCAUUAGGACACAGCAUUCCACAUUGUUUUAUUUGGUUAUACUCUUCAUCUUCUCUAUCGUAAAUUCCUUUCUCACAUUGGUGAGGGCAUUCUCGUUUGCAUUUGGUGGCUUACGUGCUGCAGUUCAGGUCCAUAAUACACUGCUUCAUAAGCUGAACAAUGCACCUGUACAUUUCUUUGAUCAGACACCAGCUGGAAGAAUACUGAACAGGCUGUCUUCAGAUCUUUAUACUAUUGAUGAUUCUCUACCCUUCAUUCUCAAUAUUCUCCUCGCUAAUUUGGUUGGCCUCUUGGGCAUUGCAGUAGUUUUGUCAUAUGUGCAGGUUUUCUUCCUUCUUCUACUAUUACCAUUUUGGUACGUGUACAGGAAACUACAGCUGUACUACAGGUCAACAUCACGUGAAGUGCGAAGGCUAGAUAGUGUUUCUCGCUCUCCUAUUUAUACAUCAUUCACAGAGACAAUGGAUGGAGCGGCAACUAUAAGGGCAUUCAACUCUGAGGACAUUUUCUUGGCUAGAUUCAUUGAAUGUGUGGCUUUAUAUCAGCAAACUUCUUACUCAGAGAUCACAGUAAGUUUGUGGCUUUCACUGCGCCUUCAGUUGUUGGGAGCAUUUGUUAUAACAUUUGUUGCUGUGAUGGCUGUUAUCGGAUCUGGCAGAAAUCUUGCCAUUAGUUUUGGUACCCCGGGGCUGGUGGGUUUGGCUCUCUCUUAUGCAGCUCCAGUUGUGACAUUGUUGGGAAGUUUUUUGACCAGUUUCACUGAAACAGAAAAGGAAAUGGUUUCUGUUGAAAGGGUUCUACAGUAUAUGGAUAUCCCCCAAGAAGAACAAGGAUGCGAAUCCUUAGAUCAAGAUUGGCCGCAUCAAGGACACAUUGAGUUUCAGAAUGUCACUCUGAGAUAUUUGCCAUCUUUGCCAGCUGCUCUUCAUCACAUUACGUUUACCAUUGCAGGAGGAACAAAGGUUGGUAUUAUUGGGAGAACAGGGGCUGGGAAAUCUAGUAUUUUGAAUGCCCUUUUCCGCCUUUCCCCAAUAUGUACUGGCUGUAUUAUAGUGGAUGGCAUAAAUUUGGCUGACGUUUCCGUUAGGGACUCCCGUUCACAUUUUGCUGUUGUUCCACAGAGUCCCUUCUUAUUUGAAGGAUCGUUAAGAGAUAAUCUAGACCCAUUCCAUGUAAAUGAUGAUGUUAAAAUUUGGAAGGCUCUAGAGAAAUGCCAUGUCAAGGAGGAAGUAGAAGCAGCAGGAGGGUUGGACAUACAUGUAAAGGAAUCUGGAACAUCAUUUUCUGUCGGCCAAAGGCAGCUUCUUUGCCUUGCACGUGCACUUCUUAAGUCAACUAAGGUACUGUGCCUGGAUGAAUGCACAGCGAAUGUUGACACUCGAACUGCUUCAAUAUUACAAAAUGCGAUAUCCAGUGAAUGCAGCAGUAUGACCGUAUUAACAAUCGCGCACCGAAUUUCCACAGUUUUGAACAUGGACAAUAUCCUGAUUCUUGACCAAGGAAUUCUGGUUGAACAAGGAAAUCCACAAGUUCUUCUGCAAGAUGAAUUCUCCAGAUUUUCCAGUUUUGCUAAAGCUUCGACAAUGUGAAGCCUGACAAAUAUCGCUUGGACUUUGUGCCGAGAUCAUUCGAUGGCACUAGUUGUAUCUGUUUUGUAGACCAGUGUAAUCUCUAGUAGCCUGUGUUUCAACCUUGAAUGAUUUGUAUCACUGAUUUAAAUGUGACUAUUAACCAGCAGUAAGUAAAGAUUGUGUAAGCAUUUCACCUUUUUUGAUAAAUAUCUGACAAGUAAAUGUCUUUGAAUAUCCUAA